CGGCCAUGUUGGCCAUGUUCGUGUCAAUGGGAAAGUAAACAGGCGGUCGGGUCCGUUCGCCUCCUAAAGCCAGUGUCUGGCCGAGCUGCGUCCCAAAAGUCUGAUUUCCUGACAUCAUUACCUGGGUUAAUACUGAUAUCCGAGUCGCGUGUCACAUUCAACCUGGGUUAGUCGAGCUUCCGCAGUGAAGGCAUGGCUCGCCAUACGCGGCUUUAGUUCUACCUUAUGAUGCCUUUUGCCCGGCCAUUGCAUUCCUGGCACAAAAUGGAGGUGCACAGCUUUAGCGGCGAGAUCAAUGGGCAUCAGGUUGCAGAUGAGCCGAUGGAAGAAGGGGAGCCCUGCACACAUUGUGAUGAUGGGUCCUAUAAGGAGAUUCCUAUCACUCAUCAUGUAAAGGAAGGCUGUGAAAAAGCUGACCCUUCCCAGUUUGAGCUGCUUAAAGUACUGGGCCAGGGAUCAUUUGGAAAGGUGUUCCUGGUAAGGAAGGUAGUGGGCCCAGAUGCUGGCCAGCUGUAUGCAAUGAAAGUCCUCAAAAAGGCAUCAUUAAAAGUGAGGGACAGAGUUCGCACAAAGAUGGAACGAGAUAUUCUGGUGGAAGUGAAUCAUCCCUUCAUUGUGAAGUUGCACUAUGCCUUUCAGACCGAAGGAAAACUCUAUUUAAUUUUGGAUUUUCUCAGGGGUGGAGAUGUAUUUACUCGCUUAUCCAAAGAGGUUAUGUUUACAGAGGAGGAUGUGAAAUUCUACCUUGCAGAGCUGGCCCUUGCAUUGGAUCACCUUCACAACCUAGGCAUCGUUUACAGAGACCUGAAGCCUGAAAACAUUUUGCUUGAUGAAGCUGGACAUAUCAAGCUAACAGACUUUGGACUCAGUAAAGAAUCAGUAGACCAAGAUAGGAAAGCGUACUCUUUUUGUGGCACUGUGGAGUAUAUGGCCCCUGAGGUGGUCAACAGGAGAGGUCACACACAGAGUGCUGAUUGGUGGUCUCUUGGUGUUUUAAUGUUUGAAAUGCUGACAGGGACAUUACCAUUUCAAGGGAAAGACCGGAAUGAGACCAUGAACAUGAUUCUUAAAGCUAAAUUGGGAAUGCCACAGUUUUUAAGUUUGGAAGCACAGAGUCUUUUAAGAAUGCUCUUUAAAAGAAACCCAGCUAAUCGUUUGGGAGCCGGUCCAGAUGGUGUAGAGGAGAUCAAACGACAUGCCUUUUUUUCAACUAUAGACUGGAAUAAACUGUACCGGUGUGAGCUUCAGCCUCCUUUUAAACCAGCAGCAGGAAAACCAGAUGACACAUUCUGCUUUGACCCUGAGUUCACAGCAAAAACCCCAAAGGACUCUCCAGGCAUUCCUCCUAGUGCAAAUGCACACCAGCUUUUUAAAGGCUUUAGCUUUGUAGCCCCAGUCUCUCUGGAGGAAAGCAAGAGUGCCCCUCUUGUUAACAUCCUCCCCAUUGUUCAGAUGCAUAGCGACGCAGCACAGUUCUCGGACGUGUACGAGCUGAAAGAAGACAUUGGUGUUGGCUCAUACUCCAUAUGCAAGCGCUGCAUUCACAGAGUCACAGCCAUGGAAUUCGCUGUGAAGAUAAUUGACAAAAGUAAACGAGACCCUUCAGAGGAGAUUGAAAUUCUUAUGCGGUACGGCCAGCACCCAAAUAUCAUCACAUUAAAGGAUGUGUAUGAUGAGGGGCGAUUUGUGUAUCUGGUAACAGAGCUAAUGAAGGGAGGAGAGCUACUGGAUAAAAUUCUCAGGCAGAAGUUCUUCUCAGAGCGGGAAGCGAGCGCUGUGCUCUACACCAUCACCAAAACUGUGGACUAUUUGCACUGUCAAGGGGUGGUUCAUAGAGACCUGAAGCCCAGCAACAUUCUGUACAUGGAUGAUUCAGGGAAUCCUGACUCCAUUCGAAUCUGCGAUUUCGGCUUUGCCAAGCAGUUGAGGGGGGAUAAUGGCCUUUUGCUCACACCUUGUUACACUGCUAACUUUGUAGCACCUGAGGUAUUGAUGCGUCAGGGUUAUGAUGCAGCCUGUGACAUCUGGAGUCUGGGGGUUCUUCUUUAUACAAUGUUAGCUGGGUACACCCCCUUCGCUAAUGGCCCAAAUGACACCCCAGAGGAGAUUCUAUUACGUAUUGGAAGUGGCAAGUUCUCUCUCAGUGGAGGAAACUGGGACGCCGUAUCUGACUCUUCGAAGGAUCUCUUGUCUCACAUGCUUCAUGUGGACCCUCAUCAGCGGUAUUCGGCCGAGCAGGUACUGAAGCAUUCGUGGAUUGCCUGCCGAGACCAGCUGCCCCAUUUCCAGCUCACCCGACACGAUGCACCUCAUCUUGUUAAGGGAGCAAUGGCUGCCACAUACUCAGCAUUGAAUCAUAAAACAUGCCAGCCAGUCCUGGAACCUGUGGCAGCUUCCAGUUUGGCUCAGCGCAGAAGCAUGAAGAAAUUAACUUCCACUGACAUGUUGUGAACCGAGGCGUCUUCAUAUCACUGUGCCCUCUUGUCCCAUUUUGUCUAUUUAUUUGUUUGCUCUUUUCCCAACUGUUUGACAUUUUUUCCUCAGCUCUUGCACAUUAUAAUUAGGUGUACAGUCUUAUUGGUCAAUGUACAUCAGGGACGCUGUUUAGCAAACUACAGACUGAGGGACUGAACUGAACAUGGCUGAAAAAAUCCAAAAAUCCAAAUUGCUGCAGGCUGAAAUGUGACAUUGUCUCUCCCAUUUCCUUUUGUAUGCAUUCUCUGGAAGUAUCCUUUUUGUCUUUUCUCAGUCAUUUUUUCAUUUUCUCUUUUCCUCUUUUCCGCUAAGUGGAAAAAUAGCACCAGCGCCUACUCUCAUUCACUGUGACUGGCUGACCUAAAGCUGCUUUAAGUAAACUGUGCUCUGCCUUUCCCUAGUUUAAAACAUUUUUUCAUUUGCGAUUUCUUUUUCUACUCUGUCUUGCCAUCUCAUUUCUUUUGACAGUUUAUCUGGGAGGGAAAAUAUGUUUGGGAAAUUUCUUGUCUUGUAAAGCCAUUUAGCAUGCGGCUGGAGGAAUCGGUGUAUCUGAACCACUCAAUGUUACCUCAAGAUGAGUUGAAGAGCUGAGAGCGAAGACAUUUUUAUUAGUUCAAUGAGUGUAUAUAGAAUUUAGCGCCAGAGAGAUUGUUAAACACACCGACCUGAUCAACCCUCAUCAUAUCAAUUUUUUUUAAGCACAUUUGCACUGAAGCUUGUCAGGUUGUUGCAUUUGCUUUUUUUUCACCCAUACCCCACCUUGAUCUUAUUUUAGUUUUUUAUUUGUGUUAAAUAAAAAAAUAAGCUAAAGAUUAAAUAAUAGAAACCAUCAAAGGUCAGUGAAUAUGGACCAGAAUUUAUAGUGUUGGAUCCAGUAUUGGGGCAAACCAAGGACUCAUGGGAUUUGCAGAAGGCAAACCUAAUCUCCCAGAGCAGCAGAUUAUCCAUAUAUAAAUAUAUAUAAAUAUAUAUAUAUAAACUAUAAAAAGAAAUUGUGGAAACUGUAUCAUAUUGUAUUUAUUUCAUUUAAAUUUUAAGAUUCUAUUUUUCUUUCUGGUUCUGUAUAUAUUAGCAUUAAAGAUCACAAAACAUGCA